AUGGCUAUAAUUAUGAAGUGGCUUGUAUUUUCUUGCUUAUUCCUAUUUGCAGUCUCUAGAGUCCACGACGCCGAAGUGACACACAGAGUCUACUUUGAUAUUACAAUUGACGGGGAAGAUGCCGGCAGAAUCGUGAUGGGCUUAUAUGGAAAAGUGGUUCCUCGAACAGUCGAGAAUUUCAGAGCUCUCUGCACAGGUGAGAAUGGCAAAAACUCCAACGGUGUCGCCCUAAGCUACAAAGGCUCUAUCUUCCACAGAAUUAUCCCUCAGUUCAUGAUCCAAGGCGGUGACUUUACCAACUUCGAUGGGACCGGAGGUGAAUCCAUCUAUGGAAAGAAGUUUGCCGAUGAGAACUUCACCCUCAAACAUAAAGGUCCAGGCUUGCUAUCAAUGGCUAAUUCAGGCCCUAACACUAAUGGCUCUCAGUUCUUCAUUACUACAGUCCCUACAUCUUGGCUUGAUGGAAGACACGUGGUGUUCGGAGAAGUGAUUGAGGGUCGUAUCUUCACACGACGACUAUUUUUUUUUGGCCUAUUUUUUUUUGGCCUAUUUUUUUUUUGGCCUAUUUUUUUUUGGCCUAUUGUUUUUGGCCUAUUUUUUUUUGGCCUAUUUUUUUUUAGCCUAUUUUUUUUGCCUUUUUUUUGACAAUUUUUUAACUAUUUUUUACUAAUAUUUGAGCACAAUUCCAUACUAAUUGUUUUAAUAUAAUUUUUAAUGUGUUUUAAACGAUUUAACCAACAAAAAAUGCACCCUUAACAGAUUUCUUACUCCAUGAAUACUAAUUCAUUGCUUUUAAAAUUUCGAAAAUUUUAGAUUUAAUUAGGAGUUUUUCACUUAAUUUACUCAAUAUUAAUCGCGUAAGGAAAAGUCUCUGUUUCUCAAUAAGGUUUUAGUACUCUCAGCAGCUUCAUGAAUGAGGCUAGACAAAAAAAAUAGGCCAAAAAAAAUAGGCCAAAAAAAUAUAGGCCAAAAAACAAUAGGCCAAAAAAAAAUAGGCCAAAAAAAAAUAGGCCAAAAAAAAAAUAGGCCAAAAAAAAAAUAGGCCAAAAAAAAUAGGCCAAAAAAAAAUAGGCCAAAAAAAAAUAGGCCAAAAAAAAAUAGGCCAAAAAAAAAUAGGUGAAAAAAAAAAAAUAGGCCAAAAAAAAUAGGCAAAAAAAAAAUAGUCGUUAUGAAAUAGUCGUCGUGUGAAGGAACCAUUGAGGUUAUGAAAUUGUGAAGAAGAUUGAAAAGGUCGGAAGCCAGUCAGGGAAGCCUUCUAAAAGAGUAGUUGUCAAGGAAUCAGGAGAACUUCUUAACUAA